CAUAACUUACCUCUCAAUCCAACGCCAGAAACCCUUGCUCGCUACAUCGCCUACACUUCGCAAUUCAUCGCUUCUGGUCCGAAGUACCUCUCAGGAGCUCGACACUUCCUGCGCGACAUUUUUACUCACUUUGACAUCCAUCGCUCCCACCCAUCUGUUCAGGCCACGAUCACUGGAGCUCGCAAGCUGAGAGGAGAGGCUGUGCGUCGCAAGCUACCGCUUCGUACGUCGCACUUAGCCGCCUUUGUUCACAUUGCUGUCCUUUCCAAAUCUUAUGACGACCUUCUGUUUGCCACCAUCCUCUCGUGUAUGUUCUACGCAUGCCACCGAUCUGGCGAGCUCGUCGUCAAAACAUCUGGAGGCAAUCUCGACUGGCGAAAGAUUAUCAAGCGAUCCUCGCUCGAGUUCUCUGGCUCCCGCGCCUCGUACCACCUCCCCUACCACAAAGGUGAUCGAUUCUACACCGGCACCACCAUCCUCCAUAUGCGUCACGACGUCAGCUGCCCAGUCGAUCUUCUUCGUGACUAUGUCCGUGAACGCGAUCGUCGCCACGGAGCUAAGGCCGCACUGUUCUUGCGAGAAGACGGGAGCCUUCCUAUGCGUUCUUGGUUCGAGCAGCGCUUUUUCACAGUCCUCGACCACACUUACGGAGGCCAUUCCGCACGCGCUGGUGGAGCGACCUACUAUGCCGGACUCGGCCUAUCGGAGUCUGUCAUACAGGCUCUCGGUCGUUGGUCAUCA